UUGAGUCAAGUGAGCCUACCGAAAGGUGGUGUUGACCGACCGCAGCAGGUUUUCAAUAAGAAGCCUGAUAACUGAAACCUCGUAAGGAAACUGACAAUAACGCCAAGUACUAACUUUUCAACCGAAGAGUCAGCGGCGUCGGAGCUAAGGUUACGAGACGGAGGGAAGAAAGUAAAUCCCGAAGGAAGGAAGGCAGGCACUCGAAGUGAGCUUGAGGAUCAAAGCUAAUGCUAACUUAGCUUGUUGCUAUCGCUAAAUAUUUACACGGAACCGAGUGUGUUUUAGGUAUUAGUUUGGACUUUACUUUUGUGGUUUUAAAGUAAAUAUAUUUGGUGGUAAGAGGCUAAGUAUAUCCUGUAUUUAAUUCAAGUUUUUUUGCCUUAAUAUUUUAGGCCACAGUCGAUAUUUGUUAGCAGUACUAGCCGGUCUUUAAGGUUGGACCGGCUUUCUGCUUAUUACGAUAGGUGAUAUAUAGGCAAGGAAAUUUGGUUUUGUUAGUAUUUUUACGUUGGAAGGCACCCUGUUUAUUGGGUUUGGCUAAUAAAGUGGUACUGUCUAAGCCUUGUGCGUCGCAAUGCUAAAACAACAGCAGCCUGGCGCAGGCGGGAGAAAGACGUCUAACGGAACGUCGGGGCCCGGCGGUAUGUCUUCGCCAGUCAGCGGGAUGAACAGCGGCAGCAGGACACCCGCUGGAAGGAAUCGAGCCUCUGCAAAGCCAUCAUUCCAGGCAACUCCUGUCUUUGAGGGAGUCUACAACAAUGCUAGAAUGCUUCAUUUCCUCACAGCUGUUGUGGGGUCCACCUGUGACAUAAGAGUGAAGAAUGGCAAUGUUUUUCAAGGCAUUUUCAAGACUCUCAGCUCCCGGUGUGAGUUGGCCGUGGAUGCUGUACACAAACGCGGUCCUGAUGAUGACGGGUCGACAGCAGCUCCACCGCGGAGGGAGGACAUCACAGAGACGAUGAUCUUCAGUCCCUCUGAUCUAGUCACCAUGAUCUGCAGGGAUGUGGAUCUUAACUAUGCCACCAGAGACACUUUUACAGACACGGCCAUUAGCUCCAACCGCAUCAAUGGAGAACACAAAGAGAAGGUUUUACAGAGAUGGGAGGGAGGAGACAGCAAUGGGGAGAAUUACGAUCUGGAAAAUGAUACAUCUAAUGGCUGGGAUGCCAAUGAGAUGUUUCGUUACAAUGAAGUGAAAUAUGGCGUCACGUCAACGUAUGAUUCCAGCCUCUCCAUGUAUACUGUUCCCUUGGAGAGGGGAAACUCUGAGAACUAUCGGCAAAGGGAGGCCCGAGCUGCCCGAUUGGCUAGUGAGAUCGAGUCAAGCCCCCAGUAUCGCCAUCGCGUCGGCCUGGAAAACGAUGAAGGCAAAACUGAAGAAGAGAAGUUCAGUUCUGUGAUGAGAGACGGCAGCGAUCGAGAGCGGGGCCGCGAGAGUCCCCGCGACAAAGAGCGGGAAAGAGGCAGAGACAGUCCUGGAGCCAGCAAUAGAGAGGGCAAGUACAUUCCAUUACCUCAAAGACACAGAGAGAUGAACCGAGAGCGAGCAGAGAGGGGUCCGGGGGGUCCUCCCCCACACAGCCGUUUAAGCGGAGGUUACCGCUCCGCCCCUCCAUCCUCCUCAUCUUCGUCCCCCAGACCUUUACCGCCUGCUGCUGGACCUCAGCCUGGAGGUUCCCCCUCAGAGAGAAGCAGUCCUCUCUCAGGACGCAGCGGAGCUUACGGCCCCCACCACUCACAGGGAAGCGCCAGCCCAGGCUCAGGUUCUGGUCCUGCAAGUCCCUACACACCCGCCUCUCCCGGUGGACCGGUACAAACUCCAGCUUCUGCUUCCGCUGCGACAUCCCCAGUCAGCCCGCCUGCUCCACAUGGUCAUUCAGUUCCUCAUUCCCACUCCCUCCCAGUGGCUCUCUCUGAUGUGGGCAGGCCAGUCAAUGGAGUUUCUCCAAAAGCCCAAAGACAGACAAUUAGGACAAACCGCAUCCCAAACUCACACCCCGGGUCCUCAGCGUCUCGAUCCCCAAAAUCAGGCUCUUCCCAGGACACGCCUUAUCUGGACACAUCAUCUGUACCUCUGCCUGUCCAGAAAACAUCCGGCCCUGCUCCUCUCUUCCCUGUAGAUGUGAAUGAGAUUCUGGUUGCAGCUGCAAAGGAGCGCUCAGCAGAAAGUCACGGCAGCACAGAGGACAGUAAAGCCACUAAAGCUCCUUCAGUUCAGCAAAGAUCCCAGUUUGAAGAACUGCGGAAAUUCGGCAAAGACUUCAGACUCCAGUCGGGUGGAAGCAGUACCAACUCCCCUAGUUCUCCAGCUGCAUCAACCCCUCCUGUCGGCGACGCUGCACCAUCUGGUGUCGCCAAAUCCUCUGCUUCCGACGUUCACCCGACUCCAGAGCCCAAACAGCAGCCUUCAUCCACCAGUCCUUCCCAGCCUCAGCCCCAGCCGUCACCAGGUCCCACAGAGGAGCAAGCCAAGGACGCCACGACCGCAGCCGUUCCUGCAGGGCCCGGCGCUGCUGCCCCGCUUUCAGAACGGCAAUCUCCGUCCACCCCUCAGCCAGCCAGGACCCCGGGGAGCGACGAGGGUCGCUCCGACACGACGGAGCCGACGGAAGGCGUAGCCGACCAAGUGAAAAAGUCAACUUUGAACCCGAAUGCUAAAGAGUUCAACCCAAUCAAAACUCAGAUGUCCAUGACAAAACCCAACACGGCACCCACCCCACCUCGGCCAACCCCCCCAAGCCCGGUCGUUCUGCCCCCACAGGGGCCCCUCUACAACCCCCCCUACCUCUCCUAUGUUUCACAGAUCCACUCUGUGCAGCCACCUAUGUACCAGUACACCAUGCCAGUCAACCAGGGAAAAUACACCAGGAACAAAGGCCCAGUGGUUCCCCAACGAUCGGAUCAUGGUACUUCAGCUCCAGCAUUAAUGCAAGCUGCUGCAUCAGCAGCCGGAGCUCCUCUGGUGGCGUCCCCCUACCCUCAGUCCUACCUUCAGUACAAUCCACAGCAGUACAGCCAGCAGCAGGUCAUCCAAGCCAUGACUCCCUACCCCGGACAGCCAAUGUAUUCCAUGCUACAAAGUGGAGCCAGGAUGAUAAGUCAAGGUGGGGGUCCCCAUCCUCAAGCCCUUGGACCGCCUGGAGGUCCUCAGUUCCCUACACAGGGAGAUGGACCCCAAGGGCCACAGCAAGGCAUCUAUGCUCCACAGUCCUUCACUCAUCACUCAGGAGCCGUUCAUCAGCCUCAACCUUCCAGUACUCCGACGGGAAACCAGCCCCCACCGCAGCACGCUGCGCCCAGCCCUGGACAGAAUGCCCAGUCCGGCCCCCAGCCUCAGUCUUUAUACCACUCUGGUCCAUUGUCGGCCCCCACCCCACCCAACAUGCCUCCCGGCCACACGUCUCCACAGGGCUCCUACUCCAUUCAGGGCUACAGCAUCCACAGCCACCAAGGCCUCCCACCCACCUACCCUCUGGGGCAGAUCACGCAGGCCCACGUUCAAGGAGCCAUGUCAGGUCACCACUCAGGGAGUCAUGGCCAACCCCAGCUAGUGAUGUUGCAGCCUCAGCAGGGUCCUGGGGGAGUGCCUCAGCACCCCCAGCACGGACCCCAGCAAGGAGCACACCAGCACUUUUACAUAGGACAUCCACAAGCGAUGCAGGUCCAGACGCACCCCGCUUCUUUCCAUCCCCCCGGCAACUAAACCGCUCUGCCUCUGCGACCAGCAGACCUGGAUGCUCCGCCCAGGAAAAUACAAUCCUUAAAACUGAUUUAAAAAAA